AUGAGUACUGCGGGCACUAUGCCGUUGAGACCGGGGACCCCCGCGUCGAACGUGAACGCCGAGCUCAGCAAGGACCAGCUGGAAGAAAUCCGCGAGGCGUUUGACUUGUUCGACACGGAUGGUAGCGGCACGAUUGAUGUGAGGGAGCUGCGCAUCGCUAUGCGUGCCCUGGGCUUCGAGCCCCGUAAGGAGGAGCUUCAGCAGCUGGUCAGCAGUGUCACCGGGGGAGGCGGCAGCGGCAGCGGUGGUGGCGCCUCCUCUGGACCGUCGUCGAGCGCCGGGAAUGCGAACGUGAGCAGCGACGUGAUCACCUUCGCGCAGUUUGUUCAGAUCAUGUCACACAAGAUGUCCCACCGAGACUCGCGGGAGGAGAUGCUGAAGGCGUUCGUGCUCUUCGACACAGAGGGCACAGGCAAGAUCUCCUUCCAGAACUUGAAGCGAGUGGCGAUGGAGCUAGGCGAGAACAUGACGGAUGCCGAACUGCAGGAGAUGAUCGACGAGGCAGACCGCGACGGGGACGGCGAGGUGAGCGAGGAGGAGUUUCUCCGCUUGAUGAAGAAGACCUCUCUGUACUAA